GCCAACAUGCUGCCGAGACUGGGCGGCCCCGCGCUGCCGUUGCUGCCGCCGCUGCUGCUGCUGCUGCUGGGCGCGGGCGGCGGCGGCCGCGGGGCGCGCGCCGAGGUGCUGUUCCGCUGCCCGCCCUGCACGUCUGAGAGCCUGGCCGCCUGCAAGCCCCCACCCGCCGCGCAGCCCGCCGCCGAGGCCGGGCCGGCCGGCGACGCCCGCGUGCCCUGCGAGCUGGUCCGGGAGCCGGGCUGCGGCUGCUGCUCCGUGUGCGCCCGGCUGGAGGGCGAGCGGUGCGGCGUGUACACCCCGCGCUGCGGCCAGGGGCUGCGCUGCUAUCCCCACCCGGGCUCCGAGCUGCCCCUGCGGGCGCUGGUCCACGGCGAGGGCACUUGCGAAAAGCACGGGGAUGCCGAGUACAGCGCCAGCCCCGAGCAGGUUGCAGACAAUGGCGAGGACCACUCUGAGGGAGGCCUGGUCGAGAACCACGUGGACGGGAACAUGAACUUGUUGGGAGGUGGAGGUGGUGCUGGCCGGAAGCCCCUCAAGUCGGGCAUGAAGGAGCUGGCCAUGUUCCGGGAGAAGGUCACGGAACAGCACCGGCAGAUGGGCAAGGGUGGCAAACAUCACCUUGGCCUGGAGGAGCCCAAGAAGCUGCGGCCGCCACCUGCCAGGACCCCCUGCCAGCAGGAACUGGACCAGGUGCUGGAGCGGAUCUCCACCAUGCGCCUUCCCGACGAGCGGGGUCCCCUGGAGCACCUCUACUCCUUGCACAUCCCCAACUGUGACAAGCAUGGCCUGUACAACCUCAAACAGUGCAAGAUGUCUCUGAACGGGCAGCGUGGGGAGUGCUGGUGUGUGAACCCCAACACCGGGAAGCUGAUCCAGGGGGCCCCAACCAUCCGGGGAGACCCCGAGUGUCAUCUCUUCUACAACGAGCAGCAGGGGGCUCGCGGGCUACACACCCAGCGGAUGCAGUAAACCUACAGCCAGCCAGCCGGUGCCUGGCACCGCCCCCCACCCCUCUCCAAAGCUGGCAGAGCAAGGAGAGCACUUGCGUGGUGGGUGGAGGGAGGAUUUUCCAGGAGUUCUGACACGUGUAUUUAUAUUUGGAAAGAGACCAGCACCGAGCUCAGCACGCCCCCCCCCCCCC